GCAGAGCGGGCAUCGGGGCUGCACGGCGCCCUACGAGGGGAGACGGAAGGGCCGCGGGCAGGAAACAUGGAUUGAAAUUGGUUUUCUUUUGCAGGUCUUGACAAAAGGCUCCGUGGUGUCGUAGCUCCAGAGCCGUGCUGCGAUGCGAUGGAUGUGAAGGAGAUCAUUGAUCUCACCCAGGAGGACUCAAACUCAGAGCCACUGCCAUGGAACUACAUCCCCAUCAUUGACCUGACAAAGGAGGACACCUGCAGUCCUCCCCCGGCUGCAGAUUGUACUGCCCAGGACCAGCUGUGUGCUCCCCCCAUCACACACACGUCUCAUCCCCAGCUUUGCUUCAGCACAAAGAAAAAUACGGAGACGAACACAGAGCUGAGCCCUGCAGCACCCUUACACGGCUAUCCCACAUGGCCUGGUACAGACACAGCAGGAAAAACAGACAACAAGAGCAGCUUCUCUCCUGCCUUCAGCCACCACAGCUUCUCCUGCAAGCAAGAACCGAGCUACAGCACCACCACGUAUAACACUGACUUGAGUUCCCUGACCAACACACAGCCAGAUCAAGUGCUGUUCUCACCACCCCCCCCCAUCCUGGACAGUAAUGGCAGCACACGCAGCAUAGAGGAGAGUCCCCCUCAUUUCCAACGAAGGGAGCUCCCUCCAAGACUGAGCCCUGCUCCAGCCAGCGUCACCAAGAGCCCAGGGAAGGUCAAAAGGACUUUUUUGGAAGCAGGUGUCUCACAAGGAGCAAUCCGACAUGGGACCUCAGCCAGGACUAAUUCUGACAGCAUGGCCUGGCUGAACAAACUGCGCUAUUUCAGAAGGAGCGGAGUCCAGCACCUCUUCUUUCACGGUGCAACAUCUGACAGGGGAACACCACAGCGGAAACCUGAGCUCAUCCCCAGCAGUAAGAUGAGCAUGGUACGCACCACCAUGGAGGAGAACUUCCUGGAGGGAACCUUGCAUUUCUUGAGUGACUUCAUCUCCAGCCAGCACUGCCCUCCUAAAGAAAUCAUCUCCCAUCUGAUCAGACACAUCCUGUUGCACACCCACCAGGAGGAGAUCCUCCAGAACACCUACACGCUGCUGAUGAAGAUCCAAAUGCUCCAUCCAGCCAACACCACCACAGUAGGAUGGGACUGGACGUUGCUGAAACACACCAUGGAGAGCCAGGAGAAGCUCCCUGGACGACUCCUCUUCCUGCAAUACGUGGUGCAGACCUUGGAGGAUGACUUCCAGCAAAACCUGAGACUGCACCUGCUGCAGAAGUCAAUAACCAAGAAAGUGCUUUCCUGUGACACAUGCUUCAACAAUGUCAAGGAGGUGGUUGAAUGGUUGGUUGCAGUAGUGACAGGAGUCAGCUCCUUCCAGCUGCAGGAGCAGACACAAGACAUGACACGCUUGUCAGCAGAAGCCAAAGGUAGCUCAUCUGCAGCACAGCCAGCCAGCACUGACCAAGCACAGCUGACUCCACCAACAUUCAUUGCCCAGAAGGCAAUGCUCCUCCUCCAGCGGAUGUUGUCCUUUGCAGUGGAAGUGGACAGAUCUCCCAACUGCAGCUCCUGUAAGAUCGCAGAUCUAAUAUUCCCAUUUUUACUGAAUAUUGCCGUAAGGAGCCAAAGGGAAGCCCUCUUAAACACCAUGGAGAGCAACUUGCUGCGCUGCAAACUGCUCGAGUUGAUGUUCCAGCACAGUUGUGAUGUGCCCACAAACCUGCCCUUGUCUCUGUCCAAGAUCCUCUAUUUUCUAGGCCACUCUUCUGUGCUGCUGCAAUACCAGGGUGAAGUAGCUACAUGGCAACAAUGGGAUGAGCUGCUGCAAUACCUGAGCUUGCUGCUGCUAAGUUACCAAAAUGUAAUAACAGAGCACUUACGGAGCUCACUCAGUGAGCGGGUGGACUUAAUCAUUAAGAAAGCUAAGCCCAAACUCCAAGAUGACGAUGACAUCAGCCAGCUGGACAUUCACCUGAAGAUAAAGGACUUCCUCGGCCGAAUGCAGCAGAUCCUGGAGGAGCCCCUUCCUGUGCAGAUCAAGGACAAAGUGUGCAUGCUCAAAAAGAUGUUUCUCAUUGUCGCUGCUACCUGAUGAAGCCAACCAUUGUGGCAGAAAGCACAAAGCUAUGAAUGUAAAGACCUGGCUCAUGCUGCAGAUUCCCAUGUCAUCUGUCCUGUUGAGUGUUUAGACAAAGAAGUCACUGGUUUGUAGCCUCAAUUUCCUUUCCAACUUGUCUCAUCCUACAGUUUUACAAAGCACUUUGUGUAUCUGAAAAAAAUAAAUUGUUUCUCUACUUA